GAAAAACAGGCCUAGUACUUUACAUAACUUUGGAAACACUUUCGUGAGAAGUUUUUCCUUAUUAUUCUCCCAAUUUUAAAAGAACUUGGACUAGGCCUACAUGGACGACCUACUUGUUAGACGACACGGGGAUGCGACAGACUCCUAAGGUGAUCAUCCCUGUGCACCUGAGUGUCAGGUAGAUUUCCUGCAAGGCGAUGCAGCCUUGCAGUCAGCUGUUCAGCCUUGCACAAUGAAGAAAAUAUUCCAUUUUACCAAGAAGAAGAAAAACUUCUCCCCUAAUGCAUCAGACACGACAAGUGUGUUAUCUGUCGGUUAUGAUUUGAAGGAGAAGGAUUUGGGUAAAGUGCACAAGGCUGCCUCGACUGGUGAUGUAGCGAAGAUAAAACAGCUUGCGAAGAAAAAUGAUCUAAACCAGCUUGACAAAGAAAAUAGAACUGCACUUCACAUUGCUUGUGUCAAUGGACAUACAGAAGUGGUUCAGUUCCUGGUGGAGAGCAAAGUGAAACUUAACCUAUGUGACAAUCAAAACCGAUCCGCCUUGAUGAAGGCGGUGCAGUGCCAGCAGGAUCGCUGUGUGGCCAUCCUCCUUGAGCAUGAGGCUGAUCCCAACCUUGUGGACAUCAACGGGAACACAGCCCUGCACUUGGCAGCGCGGAUCCCCUCGCUGUCCGUCGCCGUCCUGCUUCUGGAGCACGAGGCCAACAUCAACGCACAGAAUAAGAAUGGAAACCCUCCAUUGAUUCUGUCUGUGGAGGAGAACCAUCCUGAGAUGGCAGAGCUUCUUCUGAAGGAGGGUGCUGAUGUUGACCUCAUAAACCUGGAGCACAGGUCAGCUUUGAUGAUGGCCGCUUGCAAUGGACAAAUCAGUAUGGUUCGACUACUCUUGCAAUACAAUGCUGAUUUCACAAUAAAGGAUGAUAAAGGGUGGACAUCUGAUGACUAUGCAGUAAUGAAUGGACAUCAUGCAUGCUCACAUUUGAUCAUCGAGCAUGGGACAAAACGCAAGUAUGAACAGUCUCCGUCCCACCACAACACUAGCAAAAAGAAAAGAUCUGUGCUGGGUAGUGUAUCUGGCGACAUGGAGGCAGGCUUUUCAUUAGGUGGCCCAGCCACUGACAAAGAUGAUAUUGAAGACAACUCUCAAACUGACUCCAUUAGUAGAGCAUCAAAAAGCGGCCCUGCUGACUCAUGGCCUUCUUCAGAUGAAGAUGACGCAUUGGAUCUUAGUCCAAAGAAACCUCAAAAGGUUAACCUUAAGAAACUCCUGAGUGCCUCGAAAAAAGACAACACUGAAGUGUUGGCAGAUCCUGAUAGAUUGUGGAGUGGGGAUGAGUCUGAGCAUGGGAGCGUAGAUGGAGCAGAAAGAAACCCGCCUCUCCUCAGGGCCCCCCUGCUGAACAGCACUCCCAAGCACCCAGUAGCGCCCUCUCCCUCCAAACCUUCCCGGAUGACCUCUUUCCCUGUCAGCCAAACCCAAAAGGACAAUGUUUCCAUGGAUGAGGAUAAUGAUGAGGAAGAAGAGGGACAAGAAGAUGAGGAGGAAUAUGAGGAGGAGGAGGAAGAAGAAGAAGAAGAUGGAGAUAAGUCAAACCCUGAGAAAGAGACUGAAACUCAACACGGUACCGACACUUCAGCAAUGAGGAAUGAAGCCUCUCCAAAGCCCCAACAAAGGGAUUUUCUGUCAGAGUUGGGUUUGGAAAAAGGAGAUGGAGAUGAUGAUUCUCCCUGGGACUCUGAGUCUGCCUCCGAGAGUCCAAGAAAACAACAAGGCCGUGGUCCCAGCACUUCUGCCAAGGCACACAACACCAUGUCCAAUAUUUCAGGGAAUAGUGAAGAGUCGAGGGGUGGGCAGGAAAAUGUCAAAGAGGAAGACAAAUGUGAAGGUGCUGAGGAGCCAGUGACCGUUUGCCCUCAGCAACCUGCUGUGACGAGGAGAGAGACCGCCUCUGUGCUCAGUAAGCUAAUGGACGCUAAAGGACAAUCAGACACAAAGACGGACCUUAUGGAAGAACUUGGACUUGGAGAUGUAGAUGAUCUGGAGGAUGGGUCUGACUGGGACUCUGCCAGCACUGCCAGUAAGGCCAGCCCAUCUUACCGGUUGGAUGAAGAACCGGAGCGGGAUACUUCCUCCAUCCCAGUACUAUCUGUUCUGCAGGAGCAGGAUCCUGGCCCUCCUGGUCCAGCAGAAGUGCACAGAAGCCUAACCCCCGAGAAAAGGAGAGCCUCUCCAUCUGCAACCUCACCACUGUCCAGUCCACGUCUUCGUGAUAUCCUCUCUCCCCUCCGGCUUCAACCAAAGAUUCGCACCCGGAAGCCAGCCUCCCCCAGGCCCGAAAGUGAAGAGGGGUCUGACUGGGAUUCCGAAAGCUCUGCUGCUGCCAGUCCAGCAAAGACAGCAAAGCCACUGCCAAAAACCGUAAACACAGAUGCAUUAUUGACACCAGCAUUUCGUGAGCCUUCACCAGUGGCAGAAGGGACUAGUGAUGCUAGGAUUGAAGAAGAUCCUGUGCAGACGUCGGAAGAGUUUAAAGCUAUGGUGGAGGAGAAGGAUACCACUAUCCUGGAGGAUCCUGUGAGGGGAUCAAAUACACGACAGGAACAUGACCUGGAAAAAGGGAAGAAAUCUAAAACCAACCCUGGAAACCCAAAACCUCAGCAAGAAGGAGCAGCAGGAAAUCCUAGGGAGCACGAGUUUAAAAUAAGGGACAGUGUUGCGCAAAAACUUCAGACUUCAAAAACAAAAAGUCCAAGGAGCACUGGCAGGUCCCCAGCACUGGAGGAGCAGCCUGGUGGCGUUACAGAGGAGGAGCAGGAGCUCAAGGCUCUAGGUAGUCAGGGGAGCCUAGUGGGGCAUGCUAUGGAGCAGGCCAGGGCUCUUCAGCACACUCCCCACCUAAAUGGAGACCGCCUGUCUGUGUUUGAUGAUAGUACUUUAAGUGAGGUGUCGGAAGAUGAAGGAAGAUCACCAGUUCCAGCACAGAACAUCAAGAGUGCCGGUGAAGUGGAUAUGGCAGAUGACUUGGAUGACCUCACUCAGUCAUCAGACACAGCCACUGAGGAGUUAGACUCCCCCUCAUCUGGAUACCGUCAUGCGUCUCUGCUCAUCAAACAACUCGAUUCCACUUCUAUAGACUCGGUGAGCAUGGUGAAGCUGCAGAACAUGUUCCAGGAGUACGAGCACACCAUCCACCGGGAGCGCAGUCGCCACAGCCGGCUGGCCGAGAAGAUGAGCCAGCUGGAGCAGGAGCGCACCGAACUCCGCCUCCUGCUGGAGGAGACCCGGGACAGCCAGUCCAACCUGGUGCACCUCAAAAUGGAGCUGGAGACCGAGCUCAACAACCUCAGAUUUUUGCUGAAGCAGGAGCAGGAGAAGCACCACAACGCCUCCAUGUUGUACGACAAGACGCGGGAGCAGCUGCGCCGCAAGGAGGAGCAGCAGAGGCUGGAGGAGGAGCAGAAGCAGAAGGUGGAGCUCACCAUCCGCAACCUGGAGCUGGAGAAGCGCACCAUUAUCAACAGCAUGAAGCAGAUGGAGGAUGACCGUAACGAGGCCCAGAGGCAGCUGGCUCAGGAGCGGAGCGCUCGCGCUCUCCAGGAGGAGAUGCUCAACAGCCACCGCCGCAAGCAGCAGGAGAUCGAGGAGGAGAACCGCAAGAACGUCGUCAAAAGCAACGAGGUGUUGUCCCAGCUGACGGAGUCCAGUGACCGCGAGCGGGAGAUGCUGAGCCAGGUGAGCGCGCUGCAGGAGGAGCUGAUGAACCUGCGGGCCGAGCUGGAGCGCGAGCAGGCCAGCAGCCGGCAGGAGGAGGGCCGCCUGUCGGAGGAGGGCGAGGCGCUGCGCGAGCGCCUGGAGGACACGCGGCGCGACCUGAAGCUCAGCGAGGAGGCGCUGGCCCAGGCCGUCUUCCAGUACAACGGGCAGCUGAGCGCCCUCAAGGCCGAGUGCCAGCUGAGCGCCGGGCGCCUGGAGCAGGAGCGGACGGCGCGGCAGCAGCUGGAGACGGAGGCGGAGUCGGCGCGCGUGCGGCUGUCCGGCGCGCUGCAGGAGGUGGAGCGGUGCCAGGCGGCGCGGGCCGAGGCCGAGCGGGCGCUGCAGCGGGAGCGCGAGGAGCGCCAGCGCACGCUGGAGAAGCGCGCCGGUGAGACGGGCGCCCACCGCGACGCGGUGCACGAGCUCUCCCAGAAGCUGGGCCAGGCGGAGGCGCGCGCCAACAGCCUGGAGAACGAGUGCCACCGCGCCACGCUGGCGCUCGCCGAGAAGGGCCUGCUGCUGGAGACGGCGGCGCGGGAGCGCGAGCAGGCGCUGGGGCGUGUGCGCGAGGCCGAGGCGGCGCUGCAGGCCGAGAGGGAGCGGGCCGCGCGGGCCGGCGCCCGCCAGGAGGCCACGCAGGAGAGGCUGGCCCAGGCGCAGAGCGAGGGCGCGCUGCUCCGACAGCAGCUGGAGGAGGUGCAGAGCAAGGGCGCGGUCAAGGAGCGGGCGGUGACGGACGCGCAGGAGCGCUUCAGCGACAUCCUGGACAAGCUGCGCUCGGACGGUGAGGAGAGGGUGCAGCUGAUCGAAGAGAGGAGCAAAGAGCUGGCCGAGAAGAACGCUGACCUUCGAGACCAGAACCACAAACUGGACCAGGAGAAGGCUGACAGAGAGGCCGCAUUAAGGCAGUUGCAACAGGAGUUGGCUGACUCAUUGAAAAAGCUGUCAAUGUGUGAGGCAUCGCUUGAAGUCAACACACGCUAUCGUAGCGACCUAGAAGAAGAGAAGACGCGCACCUUGAAGGACAUGGACCGACUGAAGACCAAGCUUCAGGAGAGUGAAGACCAGUUUGUCCAGGCUGAGAGGCGCAUCAACAGCCUGAAGUGCAGCCUGGACGAGAAGGAGCGCGAGGUCAUCGCCUCCUCUCAGAAACUCCAGGAGGUGCUCUCCGCCUCAGCUGCCUCGGAGAAGACCAUCAAACAGCUGGAGGAGGCCAUGCAGAGGCUGGAGAUUGACAAUGCCAGGCUCGAGGCGGCCGCCAAGCAACAGUCCAAUCGCCUCGAGGUGCUACAGAAAGGAGCCCAAGAAGGUGCAGCGCCACCAGACUCUUCAGCAGGAGGAGGGGUACGAACUCGUUUGGAGGAUCUCGUGACAAAUCUGCAAAGCAGCAAGAUGACCUUGGAGGACCAACUUAACCGUGAGGUACAGAAGCAAAGUCUGCUGAGCCAUACAGCCCAGGACUCGCAGGCGCUGUGGGAGGAGGAGCUGAAGAGUCGCUCGCGUAUUGGCAUCCGACUAGCGGAGCUGGAGAAGGAGAAGGGAGAGCUCAGCACCCAGAUGGAGCUGGAGAAGAAGAAGGCCAAGAAGAUUGGUGAGCAGAAAAAGUCUGUGGAUACCCGGCUGGAGCAGGAGAUGAAGAGAAACACCGAACUCCAGAAAGAAAUGUACAGGCUGAAGACGCUGGUCAAGACGGCUAAGAAGAAGCUGCGAGAGCAGGAUGGUGGAGAGCUGGCCUCCCCUCUCACGUCUCUCAGGGGCGAUCUGGGCCAGAGGCAGUCGGACACCGAGUCCGCCAUCAGCCGCAUGAAGACCAAGGUGGACGAGCUGCAGCUGCAGCUGGAGAAGGAGGCGUCGCGCUGCAGCCGCCUGGAGCAGGUGAACGGGGAGCUGAAGGAGCAGCUGAGCGCGCUGAAAGGCCUGAGCCGCAGCCACGAGCGGCUGGAGCGCAGCAAGCGGCAGCUGGAGGAGGAGCUGUCGGGCCUGCGCCGCCAGGUGGAGAGCGGCGUCAUGGACCAGGGCCAGGCCGAGCAGUACCGCCGCGACACCGAGGAGCGCGCCCGCCAGGAGAUCCGCCACAAGCUGGAGGAGGUCAACCUCUUUCUGCAGACCCAGGCCGCCUCUCAGGAAGCUCUGGAACAAAUCAAGGCGGCCAACGAGGCCAGCCAGCGGACGCAGCUGGAGCAGCGCAUCAAGGAGCUGGAGCUGGAGCUGGCGCGCACGCGGAGCACCCAGCAGGACAGCGCCAUGCACCGCGAGUCCAGCCGCGCCGAGCUCGAGCGGUACCGCCAGCUCUACGCCGACGAGCUGCGGCUGCGCAAGUCCCUGGCGGCCAAGCUGGAUCGAUGUAAUGAGCGUCUGUCGGAGGCCAACACCAAGCUCCUGAGCGAGCGACAACGGAGCAAGUCCCUCAUCGCCAGCAGCAUAGUGAACGGCAGCCUGGGGGCCCCCUCGGUGGAAGUGGGCUCUCUGGGUUCGUUAGGGGCCUAUGGGGGCACCCUGGGGCCUCUCAACAGGAGCCUGGGGCUGGGAGGAACCCUCCUGGGCACAGUAGAUCCCCAGACCAGUCGAGUAGAAGCCUAUCUGGCUAAGAUGCAGAGUGAGUUGGAGAAAAACAUAUCUAAGGAGUUGGACCAUGCGACCGCAGAGCUGGAUGGAGCCUCGCCACGCCUGUCCCCCGUGGGCUCGGCCUGUGGCUCCCAGAAGAGCCUGGCGGUGGACCAGGACCCUGUGAGCAGAGCCACGCAGCAGUACCUGGAGGUGCUCAAGAAGAACUACAUGAUCUGACACCCCCAUUGAGAUUCUUGUUUACGCACUCACAUCCACACACACACACACACACACAUAUACAAUCAACUACAGACAAGGCCAAAGCCUAGCUGCCCAUUGCCACUACAUUUCCUUUUGUACAUGUGUGGUUAUUUAUUCUGGCUUUUACACAAGAGGAUGAAAAAAAGAUGAUGCACAUUGCACUUAAAAUGCUCAGGAGCAAAGGGUGAAAUGGAGUUGUUAUGUUCAGUGUAUUGUCUGUGAAGCCAUAUUUUAAAAACUGCUAUGGGUACGUGUGGAGUUGAACUCCUGAUGCUUUCAUUAUAUUUUUAUUUGACCCGUGAUGGUUAUAUUGGUUGUCUUUUGAUGUGGUUGUGUAAAAUCUUGUUUGCUUUUUGUAGUAAAUAUGAGUAUUAUAAGUGUACCAUAAAUAUUAAUGCCAAGUUACCAAUCAUAUUUGGGACUUAUUAUUAUGGUGCAAUAUAUUUUUUGUCUAGUGAGUUGGUGUUAUGGUCAAGAAAAAAAAUAUAUGAAAACGCCUGUUUUUUGUAAAAACAGAAGAUAUACUUGAAUGAGACAUGACUAGAUCAUCUGGUUAUCCAGGGUACUAUAAGAUGUUACUGUAAUUCUAUAUUUGGACUAAACAUUGAUGCCCAUCAUUAAACUUCACUAAAUCCUGAGCUCUUCAGUAUUUUAGAGUGUGGAGUAUUAAGCUGUCCAAUAAAGAUACA